CGACGUGCUAUCAAACGGCUGUGUUUCUAACGUUUAUAAUUAUAGUGAAAGACCCCCGGAGUUCUUCCAAAAAAACUCAGAAACUGAGGAGAAUUCGCCACCUGGACAGAUUCCCCAAUGGUUAUGCUAUAGCACAUUAGGAGCUGCAGCAGCAGGGAUGAGGAUCCGGCUGCAGGGUCCCGGCCAUGCUGCCAGCCUUCUCGCUGAGCUCAAUCGCUGCAGACAGUCCCGUCAAUACUGUGAUGUGCUCCUGCAGGUUGGCAACCGCACAUUCCCAGCACACCGUGCUGUGCUCGCCUGUGCUGGGACAUACUUCCGCAACCUGUUUGCCCGAGCUCCAGCCUCGUCCUCCACUGCCUUCUCUCUGGAGUUCAUCUCCUCGGCCAACUUUGAGAGGGUGCUGACGUUCGUGUACACGGGGGAGAUCCUGACUGAUCUCAUAGAUGUCGGGGUGCUAUAUGAGCUGGCUGAGAGGCUCGGUGUGAGUGAACUGGUGAAGGCCUGUCAUGCCACCUUUCCUGACCUGCAGACUUCUGUGUCUGCCAACUGUAAAGCCAAGGAAGAAAUGCCCCUGGAUUCCAGCAUGGUUACUGCUGCUCCUUCCACAGUGGCUGCGGUUGGUUCAGUUUCUCUGUCUGCAUCGUCUCUGUGCUCCUCUGCUGCCUCCUGCUCAUCUCUGUCUUCAUCAGCUGCUCCGACCCCCGCCGACACUGCCUCACCUCUCCUCCAAACUACCAGGACAUCCAGCUCCUGCCGUGACGCUCACACUGGAGUUCUUCCACGUGCCCUGAAGUCAGAGGACACACAGUCUCACAUGGGCUACGGACAGUCAGCUGUAGAUCAUCGACUCCCAACAGGACACGGCCUUUUAUCCAGGAGUCAGAGUGACGGCGUGCUGCCUCCUGGGCCUGUGCUCCAGCUAAAGAUGGAGCAGGGACUGGAGGAAGAGGAGGCUGGAGGAAGUUGUGAUGACGGUGACAGAAACAGACAAAUGGUUCCAGAGAGCGCAGGAAGCUCUCUUCCUCAGAGUUGCGACACUGCUCCGUCUAACUCCUGCUCCUUCCCUGACUCUUCAGCUCAGCUUGCAGCAGAAGCGUGUCACCCAACCUCUUCCUCAGGAGAGCCUAUAGGCAGCCUGCAGGUAGAGGGGGGCGUCAUGGAGGCCCAGAGGGAAGAUGGGAUGAUGUUUGGAGAGGUGGAGGGAGAAAAUGAGGAGGACAGGGAGGUUCUACAAGAGAAUGGAGCAGUGGAGGAAACAGAGGAGGAGCAGUGGAGACACCUGGCAGGUGAGAUCAUAGAGCUGAGUGAUGAUGAGAACUUUAUGGAGGAGGUGGACGAGGAGGAGGAAGAAGACGACCUUGUUUGUUUGGAGAAUGGAGAAGGAGGAAACCCAAGCAACCAGAUCCCAGAAAACAUGCUGCCAUGUAAAGCCUGCACCACGUCCCUUCCUGCUGACCCGGCUGCCAUCAGGAGACACGCUGAGACUCACCUGACCGAGCUUGGCCUCUGCAGAGUCUGUGGGGCGUCAUUCCCAGACCGCGCUGCAGGUGUCGACCACACUCUGACCCAUGUCGGGGUGCAGCUCUUCUCCUGUGACAUGUGUAACCUUCAUUUCUGCAGCCAGAACAAACUGCUGCGCCACCACAGACAGACUGCCUCGUGUUACACCAUCCCACAGGGGGCGCUAACAAACAGCGGUCAGGGCCUGAGCUCAGAGCUGCAGUGUGCAGCGUGCACAAAAACCCUCAGCAAGGACUUCCAGACGCUCAGAGACCACCUGCUGAGUCACGUGUGUCCUCAGAGCCUCAGCUGUGCCGUGUGUCACCUCCCUCAGCCCUCCCUCUGCUCCCUGCUGUGGCACGCCCUCACCCACCUGUCUCUGCCCGUCUUCACCUGCCCACACUGUGCCCGCUGCUUUGUAGAGCGCCUCCUGCUAGACAGACACAUGGCUGCACACGCCGAGGAGGCAGCAGCUAAAGAGAGGGAGCGAUCUGCGCUGAGGGCUUACAGAGGAGUCAAAGUGGAUGGAGGAGGAGGAGGAGGUACAGCAGGAGGGGAGGAGUUGCACUGCUUCCUUUGCCAGCAGACUUUCCGCUCCCCCUCGGCCUUUCAGUACCACCUCAGCCUGCACACCAGUGACUCCCUGGGGGGUGGAGGAGGCGGGGUGAGCCAGGGAUGGAAACGUAAAGCUGACCAGCCUCUGGAGUGUCCUCCGUCAUCCUCCUCCUCCUCUCCUCGGGAGGUGGGUGGCCUUGUCAAGAUGAGUAACCUGGGUUUAGGUUUGGGGAUGGGCUUCAGCAUCCCAGAGAAGUUUUUUCAAGGGUCAGCACACAGUCUGGGGUCAUCUGGAGUCUUGACCAAUGGGAGCUUGGGGCAGGAGGGGGGAGCAGGAGCAGCUGGUGUUAGGGGGAAGUGGUACCGGUGUCGGUACUGCGGAAAAUGUUUCGCCCACUCCGGAGAGUUCACCUACCACCUCCGCAUUCACACCGGGGAGAAACCGUACCAGUGCAAAGUUUGCCUGCGCUUCUUCAGAGGCCGCUCCACCAUGAUCUGCCACCUGAAGACACAUGCUGGUGCCCUCAUGUACCGCUGCACCGUCUGCGGCCUGUUCUUCUCCACACUGAAGCUGGUGUCAUCGCACAUGGAGCUCCACAAAGACCACCUGCCCCCUGACUUCAACAUCGAGCAGACCUUCAUGUACAAUGAUCACUCGAAAGAACCGAUGCACACUGUGGACGUCUGAUUGGCUCUCUCCUCGAGACCUUUUCCAUCUGACUCCUCCUCUCUCACUGGUUGUCGUGGACCAAAAAAUGUUUUUCUUCUAAUAGACUAGGGCUAAAACUCAUGUUUGUUUUCAGUCAGAGCUGCAAUGAUUAAUUGAUGAGUCAAUCAGAAGAUCUGUUAAAUUAGCCUGCCUGCUCUUAAUGUGGUUUUACUAAAGUUCACUGUUUUUAUUUCAAACAAACUGUAGGAUCAGGAUGUAGGCUUUAGUUAUCAUCUUACCAUGAUUCUUUAUCAUAAUUUACAAACAUUUUGGCGUUUGCAGAUAAGCAUCAAAUAGAGGAAGUUGGUAUGUUCAGACAGACAUGAGAGGUAGCUCUGUAACGAACAUUGCAUUCAGAAUAAACCUUUCAUUGAUAGAUCACGUUAGCUUUGCAAAGCCAAAUUCCAAAUCUGUCAUCAGGUGGAUCCAACCAGCACAGCUUCAAACUGAAGCAUUUGUUCCCAGUCAGAGUGAUUGGGCCAAUCAGCGUUAUAUGAGGAGGAAGAGGCCGUAGCUGUGGGCGUGGUUAAAGGGAGUGACUGCAAGCCUGUAAACAAGGGUGACCAGUAAAGAGAUCAGUGUGGAUGUAGCUAUAGCAGCAGUUUAUCAGAACUAGACCUCAGUAGAGUAAAGACCCAUGCUGCAGUGUUAAUUUUGACAGCUAUUUUUAAUUUUAGUCUUUUGAUUUCAUGUCUUUUAGUUUUAGUCACAAUUUAGUCAUUCUACCCUUAAUAGUUUUAGUCAAC